AGCCGAUGUUAGAUCUCAUUCACCAAGGUCCUACGACGGUCGUAUCACCGAUCAUUGACACCAUCGACCCGGAGACAUUCGGCUUCCAAGACGGCUCCUUAUCAAGGGUCUCCUUUAGAUGGAGCUUGGAGACUAGACGGAUCAUUCUCAGCAAGAUGGAAAAAGCAGAUAGACUCAACCCCUUGGAGCCUGUCAGAUCUCCUCUUACAAACGGAGGAAUCUUUGCUGUCAGUAAGUCAUUCUUUGAGAAGGUUGGAGGUCUUGACGCAGGGCUUGACGCAUGGGGAGCUGACGCACUCGAUUUCUCGUUUAAGACCUGGAUGUGUGGUGGUUCAAUCUACAUCGUUCCGUGUAGCCGGGUCGGUCACGUGACCCGUAAGGCCCCACCAUACUCGUCCCCGGGUUCGCUCGAGACGUCGUAUCAGCGUAACUUGGUGAGGAUUGCCGAAACAUGGAUGGGCGAGUACAAAGAGGAGUUUUAUUCCGCGGUGCCAGAUGCCAGAGACAGGUACUUUGGUGAUAUUUCAGAGAUCGAAAGUAUGAAGACACGUCAAAAUUGUCACAGCUUCGACUGGUAUCUAAAUCACGUGACACCGUCGCUCCUAGCAACAUCCAACAACGCAAGAAGAGCAUGGGGUCGGGUUCAUAACCAAAAUCAUGAUUUGUGUUUCGUACCAAGUGGAGAGGGUAAAAGGUUAUCAGUAGACACUUGCAGCGACGACGGUAAAAAACAGGCAUUAUUACUCACCAAAGAUUUUGAGAUCCGCUUUGAAGAUCUGUGCCUGGAUCUCUCAGACUAUAGGAUAGGACAGCAAGCGACCUUAGAAGCAUGUCACGGGAUGGCGGGAACACAAGAGUGGAUACAUUCGAAGCCCGGUCAAAUAAAACAUCGUGAGAGUGGAUAUUGUUUGGACGUAGCGAUGGGACGAAUCUACAAGGCAAGACUCAUCACAAACGAAUGUAGCAGGGAUUCAGGCACGCAGAAAUGGGAGUUUAGACAUUACACGAAACGAAUGAACCAUUGAUGGAUUCAAUAUUUUCACUUUAGUGGUGACAUAUUAUUUUGUGCAGUACUGAAAUUUGCUAAAGAUUCUCAACAUGUGCAGGACUGCUGAGAUGGAGAAUGUUUGUACUUCCAAAAAUGAAUAAGUGUUUCAGGAAAAUUUUCAAAAUAAACAAACAGAAGAUGACAUCAGAAGAAAAAGAGGAAGGAGGAGAAGAAAAAGAAGAAGAAGAAGAAGGAGUAGAAGAAGAAGAAGAAGAAGAAGAAGAAGAAGAGGAAAAAGAAGACAAAGAAGAAGAAAAGAAGACAAAGAAGAAGAAAAAAGAAAAUUAAUCAAAUGUCUUUAUUUAAACAUCCUGACAACUUACAGGGUAUUGUCCCAUUUUCACUUGUAUGAAUGUUUUAUGCUAUUGUCUACAUUUGCUUCAGAUCUUUUUGAAUAGUGUAAAUAUUAAUGCAAUAAACUAUAAAUGAUUUUUGUACUGUA